AUGCCCUUCCAGCUCAUGUCUAGUGGCUCUACGGAAGCCUUGGAGACUUCCUCAUCCGGAACGCCCGAACCAGAAGACCUGGGCUUUGACGAUGGAUCCAGAGGAGAUAGGACUGCGCCAUCAACGCCGCCUCAGCGAUCCCCUCGGUGGAGUGCCACUCCGGAAACUGAGCAGCCUUCGCCGCAAGCUUGGCCUGAGGACCACCGGGUAUCACCUUCGAACGACAUCAAGCCGGAGAUAGAAGAACCAGAUACGACACUAAUUGAGUCUCACGACGAAGAUGCCGAACAGAAUCUGCCCGAUGACAAGCCGGCCAUUGGUGCAAUAGAUGCAAUAAAGGCCAAUAAUUUCAACGAUCCAAGCUCACAGCCAAUCCCAUCGCGACACCCAACCCCGAGUGUGGUCUCCGAUGCAGGAGACCAGCAAUGGAAGGAAUUGGAGGCAAGGAAGCAGCAAGAGAGUUAUAGAGGAAAUCACGAUGGACCCCAAAAGUCCGGAUCUACAAACCUCCAGGUUCCUCACUCUGGGCUCCCCUCUCGUCGUUCAAAGUUCAAGCUCCAAAAAAGUAUCCGGGGUGCUUGUCAAGAAAUCAAGAAUCCCAUGAGUACGGCCGCCGAUGAUCGAUUUCUCCCGAAGAAACAACUGUACAGCAUUAUCAACGUGGAAUCUGUUACUUCCGAGCUGGUCGAGCGAACGAAGGGCGGAAGUCAAAUUAUGGGUAAAGUUGCUAAAGUUGCUCAAGCUGUUUGUGCGGAGGAAAUCGUUGAGCUUCCAGGGGACAAGAAGAAGAGGCGAUCUUAUCGUCAGAUUUUCGCUAUUCUUGUCCUUCUGGACCACUCGGAGAGCAUACGUCUGUUCAUGAGAGACUGCGUUAGCGACCUUGAUCUUCCUCUCGUGGCCCGCGAGGACCCCGAAUUCAAGGGGGAGAACUCCUUGUAUAGAACAGAUGCUGCCGGAGAGCCCCAAGGCCAGCCUUUGGCCUGCGCUGAAGAUUGGAGCGACGAGAUCCGAAGGCAGUUUUGCGUGCAUCAAUGGAUGAUGCUGGCGCCGUUCUUCUACCGCAGUGUUUACAACAACGUCAGUCACUAUACUCUCAAGGAUCAUCACCGCCUCCCAUUUGUCGAAGGCGAGCAUUAUCACCGAAUAGAUCCGUGCGCGAACGUUGUUCAAGAGCCUACACAGCAAGAAAAGAUCACCAGCGGCUUCUCCCAAGUUUACAUGGUACGAAUUCAUUCAGAACAUCACGAGUUCCAUGGGUUCGACCUUGAUCCUGAGCGUGGGUUUGCCGUCAAACAGUUACGAGACGAAGAUUCCGAUACCGUGGAAAAGUUCAAGAAAGAGGUUAACAUGCUGAAAAAGUUCACAGGGGACGGAGCUCAUCCCCAUGUCGUGUCAGUCCUCGCGACGUACGAACAGUUUGGCAAAUUUCAUCUCAUUUUCCAUCGAGCUGAUGGAGAUUUGUUCCGCUAUUGGAAAUCAAUUCGCCCAAACCCAACCUUUGGCUAUCAAAACGUUGUCUGGGUUGCAAAGCAACUUGCUGGCCUGGCCAAUGGCCUACUUCGUUUCCAUAGGCAUCUGACUACACCGAAGACGUCUGCCGAAGAUUCCAGAGAGAAUGCGAAAGUUCGCCAUGAAAAUCCGAUCAAUUUCCGAACGCCCUCAUCUUCCAAAAGGAAACGAGCUCAUUUCCAGGACAAUUACUCCACCCAGCCAAGCGGAAAGCGGACACAUCUGAUCAGAGAAAACUCGGAGCCACGCUAUGGCCGCCACGGAGACCUCAAACCAGAGAAUAUUCUUUGGUUUCCAGACAAAGACGAUCGUAGAGGCAUCCUCAAAAUCACAGACUUUGGACAGGCUGAACUCCAUUCGAAAGACAGCAAGACAUAUCGCCGAAGCAAUGGCGUUGACACCUUAACCUAUCGGCCACCAGAGGGCGAGAUAGUCCCUCGAACAGUCCGCCAAUCUAGCGACAUAUGGUCUCUAGGUUGUAUAUACCUUGAGUUCGUGACGUGGAUACUUGGUGGAGCCGACGAUCUGCACAAGUUCAAAAACUCGCGAUUAUCAUACGAUUCGCGGCUUCGCAUGAACUCAGACACCUUCUUCGAAUGCGUGCAGUUGGAAGAGCAUGAAGGCGCUCAGUUGAAGCCUGCAGUAUCCAGGCACAUUGACAGUCUUGCAUCGCGUCGAAACUGCUCGCAGUAUUUCAAAGAUGUUCUCGACCUCAUUCGCGACAUGUUGGUGGUUGAAUCCAGCGACGAAUACCUUAUACGGCGUAAGAGUUGUGGAGAGGUGUAUAUGUCUCUCAAGGAAGCAUACGAGAAAUGUUUGAGUUCUGGAGAGUACGCUACUGGUUUAAUUUCGGAGUCUACAUGA